AUGAGCCUUGAACCCAGCGGACUUCAAAGAUCUUCCUCGCCCGCCAGCUCCGAAGCAUCCUUACCGAAGCCUCCAGGCCGUCCUAACGAAGAUGUAGGCGGCCUGAAGAAGGAUAAAAGCUACCGUCGCUAUGCUGCGAAUGUCGACCGCGCCCUCUCUCUUUUCGAUACGGCUUUGCAAGAAUGGGCGGAUUACAUCUCGUUCUUGAGCCGCCUGUUGAAGGCGCUUCAAACACACCCUCCCACCCUAUACCUUGUCCCGAAUAAAGUCCUUGUUGCAAAGAGGCUUGCUCAAUGCCUAAACCCGUCGCUACCGUCUGGAGUUCAUCAAAAGGCCCUGGAGGUGUACGGGUAUAUAUUUGGGCUUCUUAGAUCUGACGGCUUAGCCCGAGAUCUUGCAAUAUACCUUCCUGGAAUUGCGCCCACUUUAUCGUUCGCAUCGCUCUCAGUCCGACCGCUUUUUCUUUCGCUCGUUGAAAAACAUAUCCUACAGCUUAACCCCGCCGCGCUACGUUCCGCCAUUAAAUCUAUAAUCCUUGCUCUUCUGCCCGGCCUUGAAGAUGAGACCAGUGAAGAUUUCGAAGAGACAGUCAAACUAGUAGAUCAGCUUCGCCAUGUCUCGAGUACCGCUGGAGAUAAUUCUGGCGCGGCGACUGGUAGCCAAUACUUCUGGCAAUGCUUUUUUCUUGCAUCCGUUACAAACCCAUCUCGGAGAGUAGGAGCCCUUGCAUAUUUAAAUCGUCAUCUACCAAAGCUCGGCGGCACAAUACCGCCGGAGGGCCUGUUAAAAGGCCAAGAUGAUACUGAUGUUGGAGGCGAUAGGAACGCUGAUUUGUCGAAUGCCAUCAAAAGCAUUACAUCUCCAGAACCUGGCCUUCUUAUUCGGUGUUUUGCGACUGGGCUGGCCGAUGAACAAGUUCUAAUACAACGAAACUUCUUGGAUCUACUAGUUACCCAUCUCCCGCUACAUUCCCCUGUUCUACAACAGCGAAUAACCUCUGGAGAUCUACAGCUUCUUGUUGGUGCUGCCGUUGGAGUUGUCAUCCGGAGGGACAUGAGUCUCAAUCGUCGAUUAUGGGCUUGGCUUCUGGGGCCUGAUUUUGAUAAAUCCUCCCAAGUGAAUGAUACCGUCGAUAAAAAUUCCGUAUCGUCAAGUCCAGCAGCGAUGGCCACUUUCGAUAAUGAUGCUUCAAAGUCUCAAUACUUUGAACGCUUCGGCCUGAGGCCCCUUGUUGGUAGUAUUAAAGCCAUGCUUGCAAGGAAUUCUUUGAGCCCAAACGAGAGGGCGAGGCCUUACCGCAUAUCACUAUCACUCAUGGAUCGAUGGGAGGUUGGUGGGCUGGUAGUGCCCGAGGUUUUCCUCCCCGUCAUUCGCAAUGCCCAGAAAUACAAGCAGGUAGCCACAUCGAAGGCGAAUUUCGAUGAAGUAUUUCGCAGUGCCAGUGCAUUUUUCGACGGGGUUGAAAGUAAUUUGAUCUUCUCUGAGAUCGUUGGCCUAGUCCUUUCUCCUCGUUCGAGCACAGCUCGACCAAAUCGUAUGAUUGACGACUUGCGUUUGGCAACGUUCAUUUUAUCGUACUUCAACAUGAAAGAAGAGGAAAUGCUAACCAUCCACAUCCCUUUGCUGAUCUUGUCACUACUCCUUAAAACGAAAACACUUUGUGGAUCUGGUGCAUGGAAUGAACCGGGCUACUCCAACAUAGCAAACACUGCCCUAGAUGAAAUCACUUCAAUUGUCAAUCUGCUACUUCGCCUCGUCCCCGAAAGAGCCUUUGGACCUCGACUGGAUAAAGGCCAGGGUUUUGACGCAGAUGUCUCCUCUACGUCAAUGAACCAGGACCAGAUAACCAACACAAUUUUGGGCUUCUAUUCGAGGAGUAAAGAUAUGUUGCGGCUUCCAGAACCGCCAUUCUCACCAACUGGAGUUGCAGGCCUAAUUCUCCGCGAAGCCCAAUCUCUGGUAUUAUUUGCCCUAGAGUCUGAUACCCAGGCUAUAUUUCUUAGGGAAAGAAUAAACCUGCUCGUUGCGCUACUUAACAAGGCACAAAAGACACAGCCUCCACAACAAGAAAAGUUAUAUGAAGCUAUCGAACGGAAAAUCACCGCCGCAAACGAGGAACAUACGACUCUUCCGAUGUCCACCAUAAACGCAGUUGUAUUUGCCCUAACUUCUCUAUAUUCCAAUAAGAAGGCCGGCCGCUAUAUCAGCUACGAACAAAUCGGUGAUCUCAUUCCAGCUUUAGUCCAGCAGCUCUGGGAAUUUCUGGAGCCAGCGAACCUAAGAUUCCAUGUGGAAGCCGCAGCAGGCCUAUGGCUUCUGCAUUCAGUUAGCUGGCGGGAUCACCUUGUAGAGGCCGCCAUAACCUCACUGAUGAUUUCAUCCUCGUCCAGCUCCUCUCAUCGCGCCACCCUUCGCCAGGCGGAGAAAUUCUUCGUUUUCUGGAAUCAUAGCCACCACUCUAACACAGAUUCGUUUGCAUUGCGUAUCCCCAAUGAUGAUGGUCCCAAUAUCAAAUCAGUAUACCGCGCAAAUUUACUUAGUCAACCACUAUUUACUGUACUUGAUCUACUCUCCUCUGGGCCCGAAGCUGUUUCCCCCAUAGUCAAAGACUGGCUUCGUGAUCUCCCAUCUAUAUAUGAGCUAUUUCGCAUCAUUUUACUGAAAUUCCACGGGUUUGAGCUACUACGUGAAACGUUAUCAGAGGAGACGGGCGAAUUCAGAGAAACAAUCAUCCUUAAUGACGCCAAUCAGUGCAGCUAUAUGCUUCGACUAGCAAUUAAUGUAAUAUCGGUACUGAGUCCCGCCGGAUGGUCAUUGAUAUUGUCAAACACCGUUUCUCAACCAAGUAGGAGUAAAUCCGUUCCAUUCGAUGUAGAAGAAAAUAAGGGGGACCUGACAAUCCAGAAUGAGAUUUCACAAAUAUGCUUUCACGCGCUUCACAGCGUCCAAAAUGUACCAGAAAGUCUCAGCACCCAACAAGCCCAACUUCGAAAAGAAGCCCUAUCUCUUCUACGCCUGCUCUUGUCAAGUACUGGAGCAGAGAAACUGCUUUCCUUGGAUAUCGAUUCUUAUCUUCUUGACAAUCUAUCUCUUGCAUUAGAUGAGUGCAAGGUCGAGCACCAGUCCUCUAUUAUAGAUGCUCUAAUCCCAGUCCUUAAAACUCGAUAUGCACAUCACCUUUCAGGGGGUUUGGCAAGUGCAUCUCAGAGACAUCAAAGAAAGGGGUCUUUUGACAUGGCCCGACUAUCAUUCAGCACUGAAAGAACUGACAAAGUCCAGGCUAGCCCAGCUCUACCCCAGCCACCUUCAAAGCUCUUGGACUGUUUACUCAAGGGAAUUAGUUCAAAGUCUUCUCGCCCCAUUAUCGAUAAAUGGGUAAAUUUCCUCGCGGAAUGCCUGCCAAUUUACUACGCGUCGAUCUUUAAGGUUCUCCUUACACUUGUGGAAUGCUUCUGUAAGGAGAUAAGUACAUCCUUCAAUGAGCUUCAAAUUAUGUUUCAAAAGGCAUCAGAUGGAACUUCCGAUUGUUCACCCGAGCAAACUACUAUUGCGCUUUUGAGUGGCCUCGAAAACUGCAUUGCAACUGCCCACGACCGGCUUCAAGUGGAAGAGGUGAACACAGCUAGCGUGAAAACACCAGAUCAACCCCAAGGAUUCUUUGGCAACAUCUUUGCAACGGAAGGCAGCCAAGCUCAGCCUACCAGUGGCAACAAUACGAGACUUACAGUCCUUCUGUGCUUUCAAGAUGCUGUGCAGUUAUGUUACUCAAUUUGGUCAUGGGGUGCAAGCGGGCGAGGCAAAUCCUCCAGAGAUAACGAAUCAGUUGCCUCAUUCCAAUACACCUCUUUGAGGAUGAGGAAUAGGGCUCGAAGAAUACUGGAACAUUUAUUCGCCGCGGAAGCGCUUGAAUGCCUGGAAACAUUGAUUCAACUAUGGCGUACAUCAAUAGCUUUGGACGAGCCUGCAAAGAGCAGAGCUAUAUUCAGCCUAUUGCACACCUUAGACGGAUCGAAACCUAAAGUCACCAUUCCUGCCAUUUUCAAUGCUAUAUAUAGCCGUACCAACCCAGCUGCUUUGGAUCCAAGCCGCAAAUCAGCGAUGGCCUCAGAAUUAUCGGAGACCGAUCUAGCAGCUUUCCUGGUCAUGUAUGCCAAGUCAUUGGAUGAUGACUUCUUAGACGACAUCUGGAAUGACUGCAUCACAUUCUUAAGAGACGUUCUGACAAAUCCAUUUCCACAUCGCCAGAUCUUACCUCGCCUGUUGGAGUUUGCUGUGGCCCUUGGUGGCAAGAUGGAGAACACUACAUUUGGAGAUGACCGACGAACUAGAAAGGAGCUAGGGGAUUUGAUAUUACGACUACUGCCGGCUAUUUUUACAAGCAAGCCUUUAUCAGGUACCCAUGAAUCAUCGACAAUCCCCAAAAAUAAUCAAGAAUCGGACCAAUCAAAUCCCUCUUCUCUGUUACAACGAAUUGGGCCGGACGAUGUUAUAGGCAUUCUUUCCGUAACCCUCCCAGCGUUAACGGCUACCCUUGGCGAACCCGAUAGAGUAUCUAGUGCGAUAUCAAGCAUAUCAACAAGUGUUAUGUCACCCACGUUCCAUUCUCGGCUAUUCCCUGCGAAUGUGGACAAGAACACUCUUGACCUUCUACAGCAAAUGUCAAAGGUACAGGGCGCAGCAAAGAUUUGGAAGAAAGACGUUGGCGAUGCAUUCAACGACAGUAAAUUCUUUGGAUUUAAGCUCAGCCUCGUCAAAAGCCAUUGGGUACGCCUGUUCCGUCAGUGGGUUUUGACUGAUACGGAGCGUCUUACCGAGCUGCUCUCCCGUCUUACACCUCCUGCAUCUGCGGGUAUAAUGUUUGGCGUGGGUGCGAGCGCUGCCCGACUAGAAGCGGAUCGUAAAGCACAACUGAACCUACGGAGGAUUGCCCUAUUGAUCAUUGCAUCGGAUGAAGACCACUUCAGCGCUGAACUAUCGGAGCUUCAGCAGAAAUUAGAGGACCUCCUUGCGGCUACUCAUGUCUCAUCUCCAUCUUCCGUGACCAGAGCAGAGAUAUACAUGGUUCUUCGAUCCCUAAUUCUCAAGACAGGCUCCAUCAGCCUCGCUCCAUUCUGGCCAAUGAUAAAUACUGAGCUCCAAGAUGCGAUAUCCGCAAUCACCCCAGAACAGGAGAGUGAAACGUAUAAUCCUUAUUCACUUCUCCAGGCAUCAAAACUUUUAGAGACUCUGCUCCUUGUUUCACCGGAUGAUUUCCAAUUACAGGAGUGGCUUUUUGUUACGGAUACUAUAGACGUGGUCUACCCACCAAAUCGAUGGGAGUCAGUGGCUCUGGCUGACGAACUUUCCCGUUCACUAGGUAAGACAAAAAGUCCGCACAGUGAACAUUGGACCGCAGCCAGAGAUAUGAAUGGCUACGAGGGCGAAGGUGACGGGGAGAGUGCCGAUGCAGAUUCUGACCAUAAAAAUGGGUUUAAGCGGGCGUGGUUAAAUUCCGAUCUCAGCAGAGAGACUGCCAAGGACGAGAUUAUAGAAAAGUUGCUACGGCCUUUCUUUGAUCGGUUGAGUAUACACUCUUUUGAGACUAUGUAUAGUAUGGGCGUCCCGGAUAUGACAGCCUGCACGGAUGAUCUUCUAGCGGAUUUACUCAACGAGUUUACUAUAGUUAGCUAA